AUGGCAACCACCACCGAAGCCAGCCUAAAUGAAAGACUACUAACCGCCAAAUGCAGCCGCAGGGCAUGUCUCGCCGCUCUCCGAGGCGGAGAAGUGGAACAGGCACUUGGUGACCCAGUGUAUCGCCUUUGCCUCAUCCGCGGUAUACGCUACCACUACGGCUUGGGGGAGGAACUACGCGGGACCUUGCCUGUCUUCAAUCGCGCCUUGAACGCUCGCAGCAUCAUGAGCAACGUGAUUGCCAGCUUCGAAGGAUGUCCGGACGACGAGGUGCCCUAUUGUGUCUGGCAUCCCGAAACGGCGUUGCAGGAGACGUACCGUGAGCUGGCGCGAAGAUACCCGAAAAUGGUGUAUCAAGUCGGCCGCGCCUGUGCUGUUGCUGGGUAUACGCAGCUGUAUACGCAGCUGUAUAAUGAGCUCGAUAUCUUGCCGGAUGUGCACAUUGCCCAGGAGGCUCGAAAAUGUGGCAACCUUGCUAUCUUUGAAGAUAUCAUGUCUUGGACCGUGCGGUACAGCAUUAUGAAUGACUAUACGCUAUCGACCAACCUGGAUAAGCCACAUUCGGCACAUCUGAACGGCGAUACUUGCGCACGGUGGAUUCUUGACGUCAAACAAGGCUUCAAAGACGCCGACUGCGAAUACGAGGAGGAAGACGGCAAAUUGGUCAGCAUGGGUGUGUGGGAUGAGCAGGGCUACGACGACAACAUGUUUUAA